AUGACAACAGCGAUGAACGGCCCGGCCGAGGAGGGCUGGGCUCGGGCCGUGGUCUUUGCCCGGGCCGUGCCCGCGGAGCGGGGCCGCGUGUCUUGUUGCCCGGGGCCGUGUCUGUGCCCGGGGCCGUGUCUGUGCCGGGGGGCCGUGUCUGUGCCCGGCGCUGUCGUGUGGGCCGGGGCGGGCGGGCGCGCAGGCGCCCGCUGGGCUGUGCGGGCCAUUGGCGCGGUGCAGGGUGCUGUGCCCGCGGCGGGCCGGCCUGCCCGUGUCCGUGGUCCGCGUCCGCUGUGGCCUGUGCCGGGCCGCCUCGGGGCCCGCCCUCCCCCCGUGCCCCGCAUCGAGGAGAAGCGCCGCGCCGCGCUGCUGGGCGGCGGCCAGGCCCGCAUCGACGCCCAGCACAAGCGCGGAAAGCUGACAGCAAGGGAACGAAUUCUGCUGCUCUUGGACCCCGACAGUUUUGAUGAAUAUGACAUGUUUGUGGAACACAGAUGUGCUGACUUUGGGAUGGACUCUAGUAAGAAUAAGUACCCUGGGGACAGUGUGGUGACGGGCCGGGGGCGCAUCAAUGGCAGGCUGGCCUAUGUCUUCAGCCAGGAUUUUACUGUGUUUGGAGGCAGUUUAUCUGGAGCUCAUGCCCAGAAGAUCUGCAAGAUCAUGGAUCAGGCUGCCAUGGUGGGAGCCCCCGUGAUUGGGCUGAACGACUCCGGAGGAGCCCGGAUCCAGGAGGGAGUGGAGUCCUUGGCAGGCUAUGCAGACAUAUUCCUGAGAAAUGUUCUGUGUUCUGGGGUGGUUCCCCAGAUCUCCCUCAUCAUGGGUCCCUGUGCUGGUGGAGCUGUGUAUUCCCCUGCCUUAACUGAUUUCACAUUCAUGGUCAAGGACACAUCCUACCUGUUCAUCACCGGCCCUGAUGUGGUGAAGUCUGUCACCAAUGAAGAUGUCACCCAGGAGCAGCUCGGGGGGGCCAAGACACACACUGCUGUGUCUGGAGUUGCCCACAGAGCCUUUGAGAACGACAUCGAUGCUCUGCUGAACCUCCGGGAGUUCUUUAAUUAUUUACCUCUGAGCAACCGUGACCCCGCCCCGGUGUGUGAGUGCCACGAUCCCAGUGACCGCCCUGUUCCCGAGCUGGACACCGUGGUCCCGAGUGAAUCCACCAAAGCCUACGACAUGCUGGACAUCAUCCACUCGAUUGUGGAUGAGAGGGAAUUCUUCGAGAUCAUGCCAUCCUACGCCAGGAACAUCGUGGUUGGAUUUGCCAGGAUGAACGGACGGACUGUUGGGAUAGUGGGCAACCAACCCAAGGUGGCAUCAGGGUGCUUAGACAUAAACUCUUCUGUGAAGGGAGCCCGCUUUGUCCGGUUCUGUGACGCCUUCAACAUCCCCCUGCUCACGUUUGUGGAUGUCCCUGGAUUCCUGCCAGGCACAGCCCAGGAGUACGGUGGGAUCAUCCGGCACGGUGCCAAACUGCUGUUUGCCUUUGCAGAAGCAACUGUGCCUAAAAUCACUGUCAUCACCAGGAAGGCCUAUGGUGGUGCCUAUGACGUGAUGAGCUCCAAGCACCUGAGAGGAGACGCGAACUACGCCUGGCCCACGGCCGAGGUGGCCGUGAUGGGAGCCAAGGGCGCUGUGCAGAUCAUCUUCAGGGGAAAGGAGGCCAACGCGGAGCAGGAGUACGUGGAUAAGUUUGCAAACCCCUUUCCUGCUGCCACGAGAGGGUUUGUUGAUGACAUCAUCCAGCCUUCCACCACCCGCAGGCGGAUCUGCCACGACCUGGAUGUGCUGGCCAGUAAAUCCCAGGCCAGUCCCUGGAAGAAACAUGCCAAUAUCCCACUGUGAGGAUGAGCAGGGGUGGCCCUGCAGGGAGACCUGGCACUCUCUCGUUAAUGGAGGUCUGCUUGGCAAUGGAAAUAGCUCUUUGGGUUUUGAUUUGGCUGAUAACCAUCAAUAAAUCAUAGUAUAUAU